AAUGGAAAAAGGUAUCAUUUCUUGAGUUUAUACCAAGCAAAGCAAAGCAACUACAGAGAAAAUGCGUUCCUACAUUUUGAUUGCCCUUUUCGCUCUGAUUGUUGUGGUUGCCGCUCAAGGUGGACCUCGAAGUGGACCUCAAGAUGGACCACAAGGUGGAUCCCAAGGUGGACCUCAAUCUGGCCAGGAUGGACCACAGCACGGUGAGCAGGGCGGUCAGCAAGGAUCCCAGCAAGGAGGUCCUCAGAAUGGACAACAUGGCGUUCCUCAAAAUGGCCAGCAGGGUGGACCAUGGCACUUGCCUGCGAAUGGAACAGUCCUCUCCAGCAGCACCACAUCCACAACCACUGAGGCCAGCGCCACAGAGGCCAGCACCACAGAGGCCAGCACCACAGAGGCCAGCACCACUGAGGCCAGCACCACUGAGGUUUCCUCAUCUUAGGAUGUAGCUAUAUCCUUAUUUAAAAACUAUUUUAGUUUACUUAUGUUCCUUAUCUUAUUAUUAAUACAAUUAAAAAUUCUAAAUAUUAUUAAAAUUGUUUUUAAUUUUGUGUCAAGUUUUUUUUGCUAUUUAACCAUACCAAUUAUGUUCUUUUUCAAACUUUCGAAUAUAGUUAAAA